AUGGCCACCCAAAGCAAAUGCAAGAUUUUGUUCAUAGGAAGCACUGGCUAUGUGGGUAAGUUUGUGGUUGAAGCAAGCGCCAAGGCUGGCCAUCCAACCUAUGCUCUUUUAAGUGAUUCUACUCUCUCUGAUCCAACUAAAUCUCACAUCAUCAACCACUUCAAGAGCUUGAAAGUUAUUUUUGUAUCUGGCAAUCUCUACGAUCACGAGAGUCUGGUUAAGGCCAUAAAACAAGUAGAUGUGGUAAUAUCAACUGUUGGUAAUGAUCUGUUUGCCGAUCAAGUUAGAAUCAUCUCAGCCAUCAAAGAAGCAGGCAAUGUUAGGAGAUUUUUGCCUUCGGAGUAUGGGAAUGAUGUGGAUCGUGUGCAUGGGGUUGAGCCAGCAAAAUCACUUUUCAAUGCGAAGGCUCAAAUUCGUCAAGCUGUGAAGGAUGCUAAUAUUCCCUUUACCUUUAUUUCCUCUAACUUUUGUUCUGCUUGGUUCCUUCCUUCCUUGGCUCAGCCUUAUGAUCUCAAUGCUUCCGCUCCUCCUAAAGAUAAAGUUUUUAUCUUAGGAGAUGGAAUUUCUAAGGUAAUAUUCAAUGAGGAACAUGAUAUUGCCACCUAUAUUAUUAAAGCUGUGGAUGAUUCGAGAACUCUCAACAAAAUCCUCUAUGUUAGACCUCUUCAAAACAUCUACUCUUACGUUGAUCUUGUGUCUCUUUGGGAGAAGAAAUGUGGGAUAAUCCUCGAGAAAAUCUACGUUUCCGAAGAACAACUGUUGAAGAAUAUCCAAGAAGCUCCAACUCCAUUAAACAUAAGGCUAUCAAUUUUUUACUCAGCUUUUGUGAAGGGAGAUCAAACAAACUUUGAUAUUGAAGCAUCAUUUGGAGUGGAAGCCACAGAACUAUAUCCCAAUGUUAAAUAUACAACUGUGGAUGAAUUUCUAAAUCAAUUUGUUUGA